AUGGCAUGGUCUGUCACCAAAUCACAGAUAAAAACAUCUUCCAUGCGCUUCAAACAAAACACGGAGCUCAUUAGCAAGGCAUCAAAAUAUCAAAAUGAAAUUCUUGGAGGAGAACUGAGCUUGGAUGCCUCUACAUCAGUUUAUGGAAGGAAAGUUGAUCUUCAAUUGCGAAUAACAGAUGAUAUUGAAUUGAAUAACAGUGAGUUUAAGAGAAAAAAUCUAUUGAUUAACCACUCCAUGAUGCUGAAUUUGGAGGAGAAGGUCGGAUGGUCUUGGGAGGAUAACCGUUUGUUGGCUAUGGAUGUUAAUGGUACGUUCAGUGGUUCUCAAACUUGCUUUUAUGUCAUGUCCAUCACCCACCAUCUAAUCAUUCAAUUUGAGAUAGGAUGGACAGCCACCCCACUAGAAAAUUAUUUUGAUUCUCACCUUUCGAACGUCAAUUUAUGGCCAGUAAAAGAACUUAAAACAAACUCCCAUAUGGAGACAAUCUUGGAUUCUGACAUCCUCAAGUCCGGUUUCCUCAAGGCACUACAAACCAUCUGGUCUCUAUGGUUCCUGAGAACGCGGAUGUACGUAUAUGCAGUACUCAGGCACUCUGAGAGCAUUGCAGGGAUGGAUCCCAUGAAUUCAUAUUAA